UGCUAUAACAACUAUAUUGACAUGAUCAGCAAGCCUCAUGGGUUAAUACCUUUGAAUGUUGUUGCCCUUACCUUGAGUGUUUUGUGUGCAAGUUGGAUCUGCUUUGCAAUUUUUGGUGCCGUGCUCCUUCGAAAGAUCAAAAGUUCAAGGGACAAUGUCAAAACCAGAAAGACUUUUCGCUGCAUCUACUUUAUCCAUGUGUUCUUUCGAUUAUUUUUCCUGGGUGGUAUGUUGGGGCUUUCCUGCAGUUACCCUACUAUUAAUUUACCUUCCACUUAUAAGUGUGAGGUUCAUCAGACCCCACAGAACAACAAUCAAACCACACAAAGUUCAAUUCACCCAACAAAAGUGACAUUGCACUGUAAAGAUCUUCAUUACAAACAGAAAUCAAUGCUUAAUAGAGUUAUUAUUGCUGUGGAUGUAUUGUAUAUGAUGUGUGGUAUUUUAGAAGUCCUGUACAUGUGGUGUACAGAGGGACCUGUUGAGCAAAAGUUACUUGGAGAUCUCGAAAAUGUUGAGCUUGGCCCUCUACUUGAAAGUAAGUAUAUUAAAUAAUUUCAAGUGAAACUGCUGUCAAAUUACAAUGCUAUAAAAGUGAUGAUGGAAUGUUAGUCAGCUACAUGUAUACAAUAUUGCAGUAAUGGAAAAAAAAUACAACCCACAAAAAUUCAUAGAACUAAUUAGGGGAAGGUUAUAUAGAACUACAGUAACAGGGGUUAUUGUGCUACAAUGUAAAGUAGCCUACAAAGUCGCAAAAUUUAAAGGAUGGGUUCUAAAAGAUAACUAAAAUUAUAAACCCUUUCCUGGCCUGUUGGUAUGUCAGCUGAUAAUGUUCUUGGCUGAGAGAGGGUCCUCUUAAUUUCACAUUUUCCUUCAAAGCUUUGCUUCUCGGCCAAAUUUUCAUUUUUUCAGACAACCAAUCUGCUGUGGUCAUCAUCAGCUGACAAACCAGCUGCCCAAAAGGGUUUAUUACCUGAUUUAAGGGAGGAAUAACGCUUUAAGAAAACAAUCUUUUCAAUCCUUUGGAUGGGGAUCAAUUUGUUAUCUUAUAGACACAAUAGACAUUUUUCAAGCUCUCAGCUCUGUGCUAGCUAAUCUGCUUGGGCUGAAACUGAUAAGAAAGUAUUUCAAAUGGAUUUCCUGGUGUUCACAUUUUAAUAAGAUAUAUUCCUUUCCUUAUUCUUUGGCCAUUUUUAACUCCAGGAGUAACACUGCUUUUCAGAUGACAAAGAAUUGAGAAAAUUUGUGGCAACAGGUUUAAUACUCGUGCUGCAGCUCUCAUAAGAAGACUGAUAAAAAUAAUUUGAGUUUGUGCAUUAUGAUUCACA